GGUGUUUAUUUUUCUUAUAAAACUGGCAGUGUCAUGUAAAUGAAAUUAUUUCACCAUAAUAUUUCAAUGUUUCUACUUCUAGCAUAACUUCUACAACAUUCGGCGCCGGUCGGCAAGUGAUGAUUCAUUUUGUUUUCAAACAGUAUAAAACGUUGAACGCUGCGCAAUAACAACAUUCGUGUGAAAACUUUACGUGUUGAGUGUUGAGUGCGCAUUUUAGUAUCAAAAGAAAUUCGUUUUAACAGCAAUCAAGAUGAGUUAUCAGAUAGAUUAUAAAGUAUAUUUGAAUAGUCCUGACACUGGGAAGCAGGAAAUACGAAGAUUUUUUGUUGAAGACAAUUUCCAUUUAAGCUAUCAUUAUUUGAAUUCCAAGCUUCAAGACAUCUUCCCGAUCCUAAAGAAAAAGAAUUAUACCAUAACUUGGAAAGAUGAAGAAAAUGACGAAGUAGUGAUUUCUUCAGAUCAAGAACUGUUGAUUGCUCUGCAGAGCAUGGCUUCCAGUGGUCCUAAAAAGCUGUACAUCCACUGUGAUAAAGAUAAGGAGCCACAGGUGGAUGUGGUGUUUAAUCUUGCUAAAGAGGAAAGUGAUGGUUUAAUUCACCUGGGGGUGGUUUGUGAUGGGUGCGAUGGCCCUGUGGUGGGUUUCCGUUACAAGUGCACUUCAUGCGAAGAUUAUGACUUGUGCUCCAGUUGUGAGGCAGCUGGACAGCAUGCAGAGCACUGCAUGGUGCGCAUUCCGGUGCCUAACUUAUCGUCUACCGUCAUAAGGAACGCCAUUAAGCGCUACCGUCACUUCCUAAAAACGGUGACCCCAGCCGAAGAGCACUGCAAGAGAACGCGUCGCGAUAGAAUCAAUUCAGAAAGGAAACGUCGCGACCACGGCUCGCAUCACCACCGCCACCACAGCGGCGACGGUGACCACGGCCACCAGCGCCCACGAACUAGCUGGCUAGAGACAUUCGCCAGCUACAUGAACGAGUUCGCCAAUCUGGCCGGCGAUGUGAACAUUGACCCUGAAUCAAGAAAGCAGGAAACUGCGAACAAAACUAACGAAACACAAGCUCCCAAUGAAGCUGCAAAAGAAGCUGAGCCUACUCAAAGCCAGAGGUCCGAAUGUCCAUUUUUCAUGGAAAAUAUAGACGUACAAAACAUUCAGAAACUAUUGAACAUGUAUGUCGGUGGUUUGAAUACGUCCACACCGAAGCCGUCCACUUCUAAUGCUUCUGAUAAGCCAAACGAUAAUGUGAAUAAUGACGUCACACCACCUGGACCUGCUAAUAGUGAUCAAGAUGUGGAGAUGUCUGAAGUAGGUUCGAAGGGUUCAGAGGUUGAUGGGGAGAGCGUAACAUCCGAGGCGUCAUCAACCAAAACAGUGGAAUCCCAAAAGGAAGAGUCUCCUGAAAAAGUUGACGAUUGGACUGUCAUUAACAAAGAGAAUGACCUUAUGGACGCUUGCCUGAAGCCAACUGGACCUCCAAUCGGCUUUAAUCUACCAGAAGAAUUUCAGGAACGCGUGACCAUAUCCAAGGGGCAAAACCUCUACCCGACUCUGAAUGCUGGUACAGCCGUGUUGAAUCCCAAAGAGCCCGAACGUCCAACUGUGUCUGAGCCGCCCAAGCCGGCUGAAGGUCCAGCUCAAAGCCAGGCCGCGGCUCAAAGCCAGGCUUCUGCUCAAGCCCAGGCUUCAGCCAACAACGCUGCGCCACCAACGGCACCACCACCCACCCCACAGGCAAAACCCCAUCCAUUGGCUCACAUCAACUCUUCGCUGAACCAGAUGCUGGCCAUGGGCUUCACCAACGAAGGUGGAUGGCUCACUCAGCUCCUUGAGAGCAAGAACGGGAACAUUGCUGCUGUACUGGAUCUUCUCACUCCAGUCAACCCCAGGAAGUAGGAUGAUGACGAUAUAUACAAUAUGUAGAUGUAGUAUCUACGACUAUAUAAUUAUAGAUUGGCAAGUUUUUUAAUGACACUCCCAUGAUAUGCGGGUGACGGGGGCGAAAUCGUGCGCGCGGGGGAUUGCUACCCCCAGCCCUCUCAGACCAUCGGGAGUGUUACGAGUGAAUUUGCCAAGCUAUAUCUACUAUCUACUCUUAUCUAUGGAUAAAUAAAUAUAUAGAAUUUGUGUUUUAGAAUUAUAAUGAAAGAUUACUAAUUGAUUAUGGGCCUAUUAUAGACUUUAUUUUAUCUAUUAAAAAAAUAAUAACCUUAAGAAAUAGCUCAUUGGACCCACCCAGCAUUAUAAUUAUACGGAGUGCUAAGGGUAUACGCUCACUAUAUCGACUCCUGAAUGUCUCUCUCGCGGUCUGCGGGCCUAUUAUGUAUCUCGGUGUUCCAUUCAAUGAAUGACAUCUUUUUUCAUAACACGGUUAUUUCACCGAAAUGACCUUGGUUGCGCCAUUUCACGCCAAGUGGCAGUGAUUUUUUGUUUCUACGAUCGUCUAACAUGAUUAUUUCAACGAAUAUACCGUAAAUAUCAGUUUUUCGUUAAAAUAAAGUUACUACUUGCUACUUUUUCUACUGUCUAAUAGCUACGUAAAAUAGAUAAUUAUGACAUUUCGUUGAAAACACAAUGUUAGACGAUUGCGAAAACGAAAAUGCGAUGAAAAACGACGUAGUGAUUGAUUAUUUGAAUGGUACACUGAUAUACAUAAUAACCCUGCUGACAACGAGUGAACCACCCGUGGCUUGCUAGCUUUGCGUUGCUCAUGCGUAGGUGGUCUGGCUAGGUGAGUAAUGGAUCCAAUGAGCUAUGAUCUUUAUUCGUAAUGUAAGACCUAAAGGGUGUAUAAUAUGAUUCUUUAUUUUAUUUCUAUUAAAAAUAUAACCAGCUGCUAUAAUUACUUGUCUACAAUUUAUAUAAAUAUGUUUUUUUCUCAUUUAUGUAUGUUAUAAAAUGUUGAUUAUAUUUGCUGACAUUACUCUCAUAUAAUAAUAUUAUAAAUGUUUUUUUUUUUUAUAAAUUUUUAAGUGUUUUGUAUUAAUAAUAUUUUAUCCAAUCUAAACAAGAUUUAAGGCCAGUACAACAUUUUUUAUUGUAAACCUGAUUACUCAUAGUAUGAUAUAUAUAUAUAUACCUACUAUAUUUAUGCAGCUUUGAUUCAUGUAGUACAAAAUCAUUAGGUAUGUAAUACUGAAAAAUGUAUCAACAUUUAGUAAUAAUAAUAAUUCGUCCUUGCCAAUUACUCUUUGGAACAUUCCUUAUCUCUAUUAACAUCCUCUUAAGUGAUUUAUUAUUAUAUUCCUUUAUUUAUAUUUUUCCUAAACUAAUGCAAAUCCAUUCGGAGUUUGAGAUAAAUAAAAAUUAUAAAUGCUGGUAAAUUAUGUGAUUUCGGUGUGAUAUACGGAUUGUGAUAAGCUACAUAUUGGAUAUAGCUGAUGUAUUAUGUAACCAAUUAUAAUCUACUAAAAUAAAGGUUUCAGGGUUAAAAUAUAA